AUGGAGCAUUUUGUAGACACCCUCCGCAACAUGGACCCUGCUGAACUUCGGAAGCCCUCAAAAGCCCUCUCGAGGGCUCCACGCCCUUCCACGCUUGCCAAGCACACCGUCCUUCCACCCAUCGAUGAGAACCACAUCACUCCCAAGGCAAAGGUUCAUUUCCCAACAACAUUGGACAGGAAGGUUGUGGAAGACAAGCCUUAUUCCCGCUUGGACAACAGCUUUCUUUAUAGCAAGUUCAUCUCCCCAGAAAAGGCUGAACUCAAGGGCCUAACAAAAAGGAAGGAAAUGAGCCCAGCACCAGAUACCAGUGGUUAUUCCAAGCAGGUUAUUCUUCUGUCCAAGGAAGCAGAAACCUUGACGCAGUCAGAAAUUCAGGAAGAGGAACAUAAUCCCGUGAAGAUCAACAAGCGCCCCAGCAAGAUCAUUUUAUACUCUGAGGCAGGCUUUGGAGGGCAGAAAAGAGAAAUCUGGAAUGAUGUCCCAGAUGCCACUUCUUGGGAACUCGCAAGCACUAUCUCCAUUCAGGUGAUCCGAGGAGGCUGGUUGAUGUAUGAAAAGCCCCGAUUCCAUGGGAGGAAGUGCGUGCUGGCUGAAGGGAACGUGGAAAUCACUAACCCUUGGAGAAUGUACUGCGAGGAAGAGUCAGAAAGAGGGAAUGCCCCAUUCCGUAUUGGUUCUCUCAAGCGGGUUGUGCAGGAUUACAAAUUCCCCGAGAUCACUUUUUUUGCGGAGGAAAAUGGCGAAGGGAGAAAACAGAGAUUCACCGAUUCUGCAGAAGAUUUACGAACAUGUGGGCAACCCUUGAACGCAGCAUCUAUCAUUGUACACUCUGGCUUGUGGCUCGUUUAUUCCAAACCAUUCUUUGAUGAUGACCCAUAUGUCUUAGAACCUGGUGGGUAUCCCAAUUUGCAAGCCUGGGGUGCAAAGGACCCGUCCAUUUGCUCCAUGCAUCCAAUUAAACUAGGUUCCCCGGUUGUUGAAACCCCUGCAGAGCCCAAGAUUCUAAUUUUUGAAAGGCCACAUUUCCAGGGUCGUAGCUGGGAAGUAAGCCGAGAUAUUUACAACUUAAGGAAGUCAGAAAACAACCAGGAUUCCAUGAUGUCCACUGCUGGUUCUCUCAGAAUCAUGGGAGGCUGCUGGGUUGGCUAUGAGAAAGAAGGUUUCCGUGGCCAUCAGUACCUAUUGGAAGAAGGGGAAUACUGUGACUGGACAGACUGGGGUGGCUAUAAUGAAGAGUUAUUGUCGCUGAGGCUGAUCCGGACAGACUUUUUGGACCCAGCCAUUGUACUUUUUGAAGCCAUGGAUUUUGAAGAUGGCCCCUGUGUUGAGCUCAGUGAGGCUUUGCCAGAUGUUGAGCUGGCCAGCUAUGGCAUCAUGACACAGUCCAUCCAUGUCCUGAAUGGAGUGUGGGUAGCCUAUGAAGACAAGAAUUUCAAUGGGGAACAAUAUAUUUUGGAGAAAGGAGUAUAUCGCAACUGUGAAGACUGGGGAGCAACCAGUUGCCAGAUUGCCUCCGUGCAACCUGUCCUACAGGUUGGGGAACGCAGCCUGUUCUUCAUUUCUAAGAUCCAACUCUUCACCGAACCUGAUUUCUCGGGAAACUCCAUGACUUUUCAGGAGGACCAAGCAACUCUUCCAGAGAACUUAAUCCUCCAUUCCUGUAGGGUCAAUGGAGGCAGCUGGAUUCUUUAUGAUGGCCACCAUUUUGAUGGUGAGCAGCACGUUCUCUCAGAAGGCGAGUAUCCAACACUGAGCUCCAUGGGUUGUGCCUUUACCACAGCUAUCUGCUCUCUGAAGAAAAUCCCUAUUUUCUUCUCUGAGCCUUCCAUCUUCCUGCAUGGACUGGAGUGUUUCGAAGGGAAGGAGAUUGAGUUGAAUAGUGAAGUACGCAGCCUGAAAGCUGAAGGGUUUAAUAAUCACGUGCUCUCCGUCCGGGUAAAGGGUGGGAUCUGGGUGCUCUGUGAACACAGUGACUUCCGAGGUCAUCAAUGGGUUUUGGAAUGCACAGAGAUCACCAACUGGCUGACAUACAGUGGGAUUCAACAGAUUGGCUCCUUGUACCCCAUCAAGCAGAGAAGGAUCUAUUUUCGAAUAAAAAAUCAAGAGUUGAAGACCUUCCUUUCUGUGCCUGAUGAUGUUGAAGACAUGAAAGCUGGACGAGUUCUGGUUUCGGAGAUCAAUGACCAGAACAGCUGCAUCUGGUACUAUGAAGAGGGACUUAUGAAGAACCAAAUUGCACCCAAUAUGAGUCUCCAGGUGAUUGGUGCAGCUACAAAGGGCACCAAAGUGGUUUUAUGGUCUGAGAGUCGAAUGCCCCGGCAGACAUGGAGAAUUGAUUCAUUUGGAAGAAUAUGCAGCCAGAUGUUUGAAGAUAAAGUUCUAGAUUUGAAAGGAGGCAGAACCUACGACCGGGAUCACGCUGUCCUCUGGGAGUCAUCUGAAGAGAGACCCACACAGAUUUGGGAUAUUCAAGUGCUGUGAAGAAGGCAGGAAGGGGAUCAGGAGCAGAACAGGAGCUCACGUUGCAAGUCAUCCAUCUUUGGGGUGGAAAACAUUAACCAUGUUUUUGGUCAACCUAAGCCACCUGUCCUUUCCCAAAGCUCACAAUCUGAAAAAAAAGCACAAUUGUUUAAUGAUACAGAUUUGAGACUGAUUUUCUCAGUCUUUUUGCACUGAGCAUAUGUUUCCUUCUAUGCUUUUGUUUUUUUUAGCUGCCCAAAAUGAUGCUUUCCGAAGCACAGAGUAUUGCACAAUUCGAAGAGACAAGUCAUUCACCGUUGACAGGGCUGGGACUCAAACAGGAAGAGGCAUCCCAGCUGGGUUGGAUAUUUAAAAAGAAAUUCAAUUAACAUAAGAACCUAUACAUAUAUAUAUAUAGUAUAUAUUAUAUAAGCAUGCACAAUCAUGCUUGUGCCUUUUACUCUUUUUUUUCCUAAGGGAAAGGCCUUCCUACCUUUAAAAAUUCUAUUUAUGUAUCUAUGUACUAUAAGAUGCUUUUAUAAACGUAUCUUU